GCUUCCUGUGUUCUUUCUCUCUGUAUAUCACAUCUCUUGUCAUCGUCUGUUUGUCUAUCAUUUGCUUCUGCACAUCGAUAAUAGCUUCAUAAUGUCUCUCAAGUCCGACGAAUUCCCUGCCUCCGCGGCCUUUGACGAGAUUGCGCGCUCCCUCUCCUCCUCCGACGCCGACCGCAAAGACGCCAUCAAGAAGGGCGGCGCCAUCUUCGCCUUCACACUCAAGAACAGCGCGGGCAACACCGACUCAUGGUACAUUGAUCUCAAGGAGAGCGGCACCGUCGGCAAGGGCGUCGCGCCCGAGGGCAAGAAGGCGGCUGUCACGCUGCAGCUGAGCGAUGCCGACUUUGGCAAGCUCGUGCAGGGCAAAGCGAAUGCACAGAAGCUGUUUAUGAGCGGCAAGUUGAAGGUUAAGGGUGACGUUAUGAAGGCUACUAAGAUGGAGCCGAUAUUGAAGAAGGCGCAGACUGGGGCGAAGUUGUAGGUUGGUUGUUAUGUAUUGAAUAGAAAGUUUGAUGGUUUCUGGCAUCUAUAUUG